CGUGGUCACUCCGUGGUCACUCUGUGGGCUCUCCGUGGGCUCUUCGUGGUCAUUCAGCACCGGUCACUCCGUGGUCACUCCGUGGACUCUCCGUGGUCACUCGGCUCCGGCCACUCCGUGAGCUCUCCCACCGGUCACUCCCAGCGGUCACUCUGUGGUCACUCGGCUCCGGCCACUCAGCACCGGUCACUCCGUGGUCACUCCGUGGGCUCUCCGUGGUCACUCUCAACGGUCACUCCGCGGUCACUCAGCACCGGUCACUCUGUGGGCUCUCCGUGGUCACUCCGUGGUCACUCCGUGGUCACUCCGUGGUCACUCAGCACCGGUCACUCCGUGAGCUCUCCCAGCGGUCACUCCGUGGUCACUCAGCACUGGUCACCCAGCAGUCACUCCGUGGGCUCUCCGUGGUCACUCCGUGGGCUCUCCGUGGUCACUCAGCUCUGGUCACUCCGUGAGCUCUCCCAGCGGUCACUCCGUGGGCUCUCCGUGGUCACUCCGUGGUCACUCUGUAGUCACUCAGCACUGGUCACUCAGCGGUCACUCGGCUCUGGUCACUCCAUUCUCUCUGUGGUCACUCCCGGCGGUCACUCCGUAAUCUUUCUGUGGUCACGCGGCUCUGGUCACUCCGUGGUCACUCAGCACCGGUCACUCCAGGGUCAUUCGGCGUUAACUCAGUGGUCACUCAGCGGUCACUCCGUGGUCACUCAGCACUGGUCACUCAGCAGUCACUCCGUGGUCACUCAGCGGUCACUCUGCGGUCACUCGGCUCUGGUCACUCCGUGGUCACUCCGUGGUCACUCCGCAGUCUCUCAGUGGUCACUCAGCGCUCACUCCGUGGUCAUUCUGUGAUUACUUAUUGGUCACUUGGCGGUCACUCUGUGGUCACCCGGCGGUCACUCGGCGGUCACUCCGCGGUCACUCAGCGAUCACUCAGUGGUCACUCAGCGGUCACUCAGGGUCACUCAGCGGUCACUCGGCAGUCACUCUGUGGUCAUUCUGUGAUUACUCAGCAUUAACUCAGCGGUCACUCAGGGUCACUCAGCGGUCACUCCGCGGUCACUCGGCGAUCACUCGGCGGUCACUCGGCGGUCACUCGGCGGUCACUCAGCAGUCACUCAGGGUCACUCAGGGUCACUCAGCGGUCACUCCGCGGUCACUCGGCGAUCACUCGGCGGUCACUCGGCGGUCACUCGGCGGUCACUCAGCAGUCACUCAGGGUCACUCAGGGUCACUCGGCGGUCACUCAGCAUUAACUCAGCGGUCACUCCUUGGUCACUGCGUGCUUUCUCAGCGGUCACUCAGUGGUGACUCCAUGGUUGUUCUGUGAUCACUCAGCGGUCACUCGGCGGUCACUCAGGGUCACUCGGGGUCACUCAGGGUCACUCAGCGGUGACUCAGUGGUCACUCCGUGCUCUCUCAGCGGUCACUCCGUGGUCACUCUGCGGUCACUCAGCAGUCACUCAGGGUCACUCAGCGGUCACUCCAUGGUCAUUCUGUGAUCACUCCGUGGUCACUCAACGGUCACUCCGUGGUCACUCAGCGGUCACUCAGGGUCACUCAGCGGUCACUCAGCGGUGACUCCUCGGUCACUCGGCGGUCACUCCGUGGUCACUCAGGGUUGCUCUGUGGUCCCUCCUUGGUCACUCAGCGGUCACUCAGUGGUCACUCAGGGUCACUCAGUGGUCACUCCAUGGUCAUUCUGUGAUCACUCAGCGGUCGCUCCGUGGUCACUCAGGGGUUAGUGGUCACUCAGGGUUGUUCCGUGGUCACUCCGUGGUCACUCCUCGGUCACUCCGUGGUCACUCCUCGGUCACUCCGUGGUCACUCCGUGGUCACUCAGCUCCGGCCAUGCCCCGCCCGUGGCUGCCGUGGCUCCUGCUGGGGCUGCUCCUGCUCAGGGGAGGGUCCGGAGACCCCCACCAUCCUCAUCCUCAUCCUCAGCAGCACUGGGAGGAAGGCUCCCUUGGAGACCCCCACCAUCCUCAUCCUCAUCCUCAGCAGCACUGGGAGGAAGGUUCCUCCGGAGACCCCCACCAUCCUCAUCCUCAGAGGGAUGAAGGCUCCCCCAGAGACCCCCACCAUCCUCAUCCUCAGAGGGAUGAAGGCUCCCUUGGAGACCCCCACCAUCAUCAUCAUCACCAGAAGGAUGAAGGCUCCCCUGGUGACCCCCACCAUCAUCAUCAUCCUCUGAGGGAUGAAGGCUCUCAUGAAGACCCCCACCAUCAUCAUCAUCAUCCUCACCAGAGGGAUGAAGGCUCCUCCAGUGACCCCCACCAUCAUCCUCAUCACCAGAGGGAUGAAGGCCCUCAUGGAGACCCCCACCAUCAUCAUCCUCACCAGGAGGAGGAGGAAGAACCCCCCAGUGACCCCCACCAUCAUCAUCCUCAGCAGGGGGAUGAAGGCUCUCAUGGAGACCCCCACCACCACCAUCAUCAUCAUCAGGGAGGGGAGGAUGAGGAGGGCGAGGGGCUGGAGGAAGGGCAGAGCCUUCAUCAUCAUCGUCAGCAGCACCAUCACCCUCAGAGGGAUGAAGGCUCCCAUGGAGACCAUCCUCAUCAUCACCCUCAGAGGGAUGAAGGCUCCCCCGGCGACCCCCACCACCAUCAUCAUCGCCAUGACGACGAAGGCCAGGCCCGGAGCCGUGAGGAUGAGGAGGGUGAAGGCCACCGGCAGCAGGGCGAUGAAGGCCAUCGCCAUGACGAUGAUGAAGGCCGCGAGGGGGAUGAAGGCCACGGCGAGGAUGACGAUGACGAAGGCCGCCGUCACCAUGACGACGAUGACGAUGAUGAUGAUGAAGGCCGCGCCCCCCCCAGCUCCGAGGAGGAGGAGGAAGAUGAUGAAGAUGAUGAUGAGGAUGAUGAAGAUGAAGACGGCGGCCGCAGCUCCGAGGAAGAGGAAGAUGAUGAUGAUGAUGAAGGGAGUGAGGAAGAGGAGGAGGAGGAGGAGGAGGAGGAGGGUGAGGCCGAAGGGCGGUACCGGCCCGGCUCCAUCUGCCGCUACUGCAGCUACUGCAAGCACUGCCGGCUCUGCUCCCGCUGUCCCUGCACCGAGGGGGACCCCGGGGGAGACCCCUGCCCACCCUGCCAGGGCUGCCAGUUCUGUUCCCUGUGUCCCCUCCUGUGCGACACCGCCUGCCGGCCAGGCAGCCUCGUGGACGAGCUCUCGGGGGCGCUGCUGCAGUCACUCGCCAAGCUCAAGAGCCCCCCGAAGCUUGAGGGCGUUUUUGGGGGAGGGGGCGCGGAUUUGAAGAACCCCCCCCCUCCCCCACCCGGAGCCCCCUCCCCAAAUUUUGGGGGCGGGGGGGUGUGAAAAUAAAAGGCUUGAAAGGA